CUACACAAGAAAGAGUGACGAAAUACACACACAUACGUAGGCACGCGCUGCUCAACGUCACAGUAUACGCGGUGUACACAGUAGAACAUUGUGAAUACGUUUAUAUAAAAGCUUCUCGUUUGUAUCAUCGUCUUUUGUUUGUUUAAAAAAUGGGGAAAGCUGACUUCCUUAGUCCUAAAGCUAUUAGUAAUCGUAUUAAAUCGAAAGGGCUGCAGAAGUUGCGGUGGUACUGUCAGAUGUGUCAGAAACAGUGUCGAGAUGAAAAUGGGUUUAAAUGCCACUGCAUGUCUGAGUCUCACCAGAGGCAGUUACUGCUGGCCUCAGAAAAUCCCAAUCAGUUUAUGGACUACUUUUCAGACGAGUUCAAGAGCGACUUUUUGGAGCUGCUAAGACGACGUUUUGGAACCAAACGAGUUCACAACAAUAUCAUAUAUAAUGAGUACAUCAGUAAUCGGGAACACGUUCACAUGAACUCGACUCAGUGGGAGACUCUUACAGAAUUUACCAAAUGGCUGGGGAGAGAAGGUUUUUGCAAAGUGGACGAAACGCCCAAAGGCUGGUACGUCCAGUACAUCGACCGUGACCCAGAAACGAUCCGCAAACAGGAAGAGCAGGAGAGGAAGAAGAAGCAGGAUCUGGACGAUGAAGAGCGAAGCGCCAAGUUCAUUGAAGAACAAGUGCGACGAGGCCGAGAGGGCAAAGAACCGGAGGAGCCUGUAUUCACUGAACUAAAACGGGAUAAUGAAGAAGAGAAAGUUUCCUUCACCUUGGCUGCCGGCUGCUCUUCUUCAGGCCCAGCCAAAGCAAGCACAUCUCUGGUUUCCAAUGCCCUUAAAUCAUCAGCAUCUGGCAAAAGAAAAGAUGCCUCUCACAGCGCCGACUCCAAGGAGAAAAAGAAGAAAUCAGCUCUUGACGAGAUCAUGGAGAUGGAGGCGAAGAAAAAGAAAUCUGUGAAGUUGGACAACUGGAUUCGGCCAGACAUAGUGGUCAAGGUCGUCACCAAGAGGCUGGGAGACAAGUACUACAAGAAGAAAGCGGUUAUUCGGGAGGUGCAGGAUAAAUACACAGCUAUAGUCAAGCUGAUCGACUCAGGAGACAAACUCAAACUAGACCAAAGCCACCUGGAGACAGUGAUCCCAGCACCGGGUAAACGAGUUAUUAUUGUAAACGGACCGUAUCGGGACAUGGAGGCCAUCUUAGAAGGCAUAGAUGAACAGAAAUUCUCUGCUCAACUCACAAUAGACUCGGGUGCGCUGAAGGGAAAGAGAGUGGAUGGGAUUCCAUAUGAAGAUUUCUCCAAGGAAGCAUGAUUUCUUUUCUCCACGGCAGUCCUUUUCCCUGCAUUCUCUACUGUGUCAGAGCGUUUAUCAGGGACACACACAUUCCUGCAUCUCUUUUCACUGAGGACAUAAAUCGAGCUACAUGAAAAAAAAAAAACAGUCUUGAGCAGCAAGUUAAAUUUUUUCUUCGAUUUUUUUUAAUAAGAGAAGUCACAUGAGGAUUGUCUGUGAUUAAAGAGUAUGUGUUUGUAAAUACAGAAUGUAGCUGAAUGGAUUCACACUUGUACUAAUACAGAAGACGCCAGGAUUGUAUGAACAAUGUAAACUCCACACUGUUAAAUUAUAUUCCUCAUUGAUUUCAGUCUACUAGAAAUAAAGCACCGCCUGUUGUUUCUA